CUCAGACGGGCACAUAGCGGCGGCGGCGCUACCACCCCGUGCGUCGACGGCUCCCGGGCCCCGGGCCUGCCGCCUCCGCCCCCGUGCGCGCCCCCGCCGCCGCGCCGCAGUCCGCGUCCACCCGCCCGGUCAGCCCUGGGCUGCAGCUCCGGGCUCCGCGCGUCUCUCCCGAGCCGCGCGCGGGAGCGAGCAGGGGAGGGGACCGCAGUCGGCGGAGUUCAUUCUGCGCCAGCCGGCAGGCGGCCCCUAGCUGCGGCAGCUGCCGGUGGCCCGGAGGUGCCAGCCCGCGCGGGUGGCCCUGCCCGCGGGGAGCCGGAGGGAGCGCUUGCAGGCAGGCGGCAUGGCGGGGCUGCGGGCCCGCUGGGGCCCCGCGCCGGGGCUGCUGGCGCUGUCGGUGCUGGGCUUCUACCUAAUGCUCCAAGUCAGUUCCAAGAGGCCCCCCAAGACGCCCCCCUGCCCGCCUAGCUGCUCCUGCACCCGGGACACCGCCUUCUGUGUGGACUCAAAGGCAGUUCCCAGGAGCCUGCCCUCCGAGGUCAUCUCCCUGACCCUGGUGAACGCCGCCUUCUCCGAGAUCCAGGACGGAGCCUUCUCGCACCUGCCGUUGCUGCAGUUCUUGUUACUCAACUCCAACAAGUUCACGCUGAUCGGAGACAACGCCUUCACGGGACUGUCACACCUGCAGUACCUCUUCAUUGAGAACAAUGACAUCUGGGCGCUGUCCAAGUUCACCUUCAGAGGGCUGAAGUCCUUGACACACCUGGGUCUCUCUUGCAGCUCGCUGGCCAAUAACAACUUGCAAACACUGCCCAGAGACAUCUUCCGGCCCCUGGACAUCCUGAGUGACUUGGACCUACGAGGCAACGCCCUCAACUGCGACUGCAAGGUGAAGUGGCUGGUGGAGUGGCUGGCGCACACCAACACCACCGUGGCCCCCAUCUACUGCGCCAGCCCACCCCGCUUCCAGGAGCACAAGGUGCAGGACCUGCCGCUGCGGGAGUUUGACUGCAUCACCACGGAUUUCGUGCUGUACCAGACCCUGUCCUUCCCAGCCGUCUCGGCCGAGCCCUUCCUCUACGCCAGUGAUCUCUAUCUGGCCCUGGCCCAGCCCGGCGCCAGUGCCUGCGCCAUCCUGAAAUGGGACUACGUCGAGCGGCAGCUCCGAGGCUACGACAGGAUCCCAGCCCCCUCGGCCGUGCACUGCAAGCCCAUGGUGGUGGACGGCCAGCUGUACGUGGUCGUGGCCCAGCUGUUCGGCGGCUCCUACAUUUACCACUGGGAUCCCAACACCACGCGCUUCAGCAAGCUGCAGGACAUCGACCCGCAACGUGUGCGCAAGCCCAAUGACCUGGAGGCCUUCCGCAUCGAUGGCGACUGGUACUUCGCCGUGGCCGACAGCUCCAAGGCGGGCGCCACCAGCCUCUACCGCUGGCACCAGAACGGCUUCUACUCCCACCAGGCCCUGCACCCCUGGCACCGCGACACGGACCUGGAGUUCGUGGAUGGCGAGGGCAAGCCGCGGCUGAUCGUGUCCAGCAGCUCCCAGGCGCCCGUCAUCUACCAGUGGAGUCGCACCCAGAAGCAGUUUGUGGCCCAGGGGGAAGUGACCCAGGUGCCUGACGCCCAGGCCGUGAAGCACUUCCGGGCGGGCCGUGAGAGCUACCUGUGCCUGAGCCGCUACAUCGGCGACUCCAAGAUCCUGCGCUGGGAGGGCACGCGCUUCUCCGAGGUGCAGGCCCUACCCUCCCGGGGCUCCCUGGCCCUGCAGCCCUUCCUGGUGGGUGGCCGCCGCUACCUGGCGCUGGGCAGCGACUUCUCUUUCACCCAGAUCUACCAGUGGGACGAGGGGCGACAGAAGUUCGUACGAUUCCAGGAGCUGGCCGUGCAGGCCCCCCGGGCCUUCUGCUACAUGCCUGCUGGAGACGCCCAGCUGCUCCUGGCCCCCAGCUUCAAGGGACAGACGCUGGUGUACCGACACGUGGUGGUGGACCUCAGUGCCUAGCAGGUGCCGAGGCCACUUGGGCUUCCCCCCACCCCGGGGCGGGCGCCUCUCUGAGGGCGGCAGGUGCACCCAGGCGAAGACACAUGGGGCUAGCAGCUGUGUCCGUGCCUUUGACGUGCGCACACUUGGGCGCGCACGGGCUGGCGUGUGGACUGGCCCCGGGGGGCAGCGCUCAUCAUCCUGCAAUCAGCAUGACACUUGUAUAUGCACCGGGCACUGCGUGCUCCGGUGGGGUCACCUGUGGCCCCCAACAUCCGCAGGGUCCCCUCGCUCCCCUCCCCCCACCCCCACCCCCGAGGAUGUUAGUGGUGCGGGCGGGGUGCUGGGUCGGAGGACCCUGAGCGGCACCCUCCUGCUCUGCUGUGCGUCCUGCGGACCCUCUGGCCUUUCCUAUUGGUGCUCCAGGUGUCUCACCUGCUCAGCCUCCAUGUUGCAGGCCCCCCCAGCCUCCUCGGUCACGCUUCUAGGCACCCUGGCUGUGCGCUGCCCCUUCUGCCUGCGGUUGCGGAAGAAGGCAGACGGGCUCAGUCUCGCUCUCCUACACGCGUCCUCCGCUCCCAUCUCCACGAGUCACUGCGCAUUGAGGGGUGUGUGCACAUGCGCAGAACUGCCGCUGCCGCCGGGGGGGCUCCCCGCCGCAUCACCUUGCCUCUUCCUGCAGGGGGGCCCACGGUGUCCCUCGCUCCUCCUCGCCCACCCCUCAGCGUGCCUCCUCUGCUACUACUCGGGAUGGCAAGGGCGGUGCCAGCCCGGCCUCCUGGGAGCAAAGCCCCCUGGCCCAAAGCAAUAAUAGUAAUAGAUGUAGCACAGCCCCGCUUCUCCCCAGCUGUGUCUCCCUGUUCUCCCUGGAGGUUCCCCUGACCCUGAGCCCCAGCCCACCGUGGAUCCAACUCCAUCCAGACGAAGCCUGUUUCUCCUCCUGUCACUGUCGCCUCCUUGGGCUCCGACUACCCCCUGGGACUGGACCCCUGGGCUGUGGCUACACAAACCUAGAAGAGUCAGGGAACCAGCACGCACCUGAGCCACCUGUGCAGGUGCAGGAGGAGUGUAUGGCUGGAGAACACCUUGGGGGCCCCAGCUCCCUUCCAGCCCAGAGGCGCACCCAGGGGCACUGCCUCUCCAGGAAGGCUGAGCCUGAGCCGCCUGCCAGGAGCCUGCGAAGGCGCAGGUGGGAGCCCAGCGUCUGCUGCCCCCUGCUGAGCGCUGGGGCGCACUGCCCUGGGAUGCGAGGCGGGAGCAGCAGGGGCACCUCCCUCCCUGGUGCCCAGAUUGUGUGGGGCUCCGUGUGCAAGGGUAUCCCGGGCCACUUGGGGGGGGGGGGCAAUGCUGUGACUCACCUGCUUCAAAUAAAAAGCUCCACCCCCUU